UGUUAGUCAAAAGGAUUGGGGUGGUUAUACUUUACAAGUUCUAACCAAACAACAACGUUAUGUUUCAUGUUAAAAUGUUCGAUUACAGAAACAAAACAGGGAUUCUUCUGUAUAUUUCAAGUUUCAACCUCGAAUCACUCUUUCCCACGACAAAACAAAUGUCAAUGGAAUUUGGCUUUUCAUUACAAUACUUGUGGAAUUUUGACUGUUGAUCACAAUUAUGUUAUUCUCAUCUUACUGGUGCACCAAUGCAGGAGUUAAAUAGAGCCAGAAAAUAUUGUCCUUGGCUUUUCAAAGUCACUGUCAGCUGUUUGCCCUUGGCCGAUAAACCAGUGAACAGAAUUGAUGGGCAAUGUAAUCAGUUCAUUUUUCUCAGGCUUCACAGACGCCAUUGCCAAACUUUUUGGCAAUCCGCUUGAUUUUCUUGCUGGAAAGUCCUGCAGUUCAGUUUGUGGAUCAACAUGGGAUUUCAUCUGUUACAUAGAGAAUUUUUGCGUUGCGAAUCUGCUGAAGUUGAUCAUGGUGUUAGUUCUGUCCUACAUUGUUCUCCUAUUCUUUUAUCUGCUGUAUAAAGUGGGCAUCUGCCAGUGCAUUGGUCAUAGUCUGUGCAGAAUGGUAUGGGCAAGCAUUGCAUGCUGGUUCUCUUUUUGGGAAAUCUGUUGCACUUUCUUGUGCUUUAAGCUUCUAAAGAUUAAGAGGAUAAAUCGAGGGCGUAGAAGAGUAAGAGAAUAUCAGUUUGAUACUAGUGAUGAACAUGAUGAUGAAAGCUUUUCAUAUCGCACUUCUAGACCUACGGAAGCAAGCAGUACAUCCCUAUCUGGCCGAUGGAGAGACUACAGAGGAGUUCACUUACGAAAGUCUUUGAGGCCUAGAAGCCAUCGAAUAAAAGUGGGGAUAAAAAGAGAUGCUCUUUAUGAAAGGAACCAUGGUAAGCAUGGCCAUCAUAUAAACACAGUUCAUGGCGUUAGGGUGACACAUACAUCAAAAUUUGCACAGAAAGGUUCAACUCGUAGGGGAAGGGUUCAUCAUAGAAGGAGAUAAUUCUGAAUACUAACAGUACGCAUUUAUCUUUUCAAUCUCAUGGAAACUUUUGGCUUUCUCCUGGAAGUGGUCAGAAUGGUAACAUAUGAUCAUUUUCUCAUCCUCUCCCUGCGGUGGAAUUUGGCAGAACCAUCCUCUUCUUCAUUUGUAUCAUAACCUUAUAGUUCCUUUCUGGCAUUCAAACCGACACAAUGCUUGACUGACUGCAGAAUAUAGUUUAUUUAUUCCUUUUCAACCUCUGCUAGUGCAUUGAUAGGAUAGUUCUCAUAGCACUUCACUGGAAUGCAUUAUCUUCAGAGAGUCCUUAUCAUGAAUGAUAUUGCUCUUUCCUAGCAAGAAUCAAGUUCUCUAGCAUCAUUGCCUUUACCAAUCAAGGGACUUGUCCGAAAUUUACUUUUCUCCCUGCACUUUCACAACUCAAAGUUUUUGGUAUGCAUGGCUUGGCUUUAGAUUUGUCAAUUGUCUCCAGAUAAUCCCAUUUCAACAACUAUACAUGGGGAUUCUCUUUGUUGCUCCUACAAGAAAAUACGUGUAUACGCUUGCAUCCAUACAUUUGCAUGUGUAUAAUUAAUUGUACACACAGGUAUACUUGAUCUUGAAGUAGGUGGAGAAUUGCCC